ACUCCAUUUUGUUUCUUCUCUCUCCUCUGAUGAUCUCCUCCAUUCCCCCAGCCCAUUUCUAACCCCUUUCUCUCUCUCUAUAUCUAUAUAUCUAUAUACAACAGUACACCACCACGAGAGAGAGGAAGAAGAAAGAAGAAGGGAAUGGAGAGCAGCGCUGUUCUCUCUGAAGAUCUCCCCGAUUCCACUCCUGGUCUCGACUCCGACUCCCAGCAGCGUGUUUACUUCGUUCCCUACAGUUGGUGGAGGGAUGCACAGGAUUCAGUGCUGGCGGAUUCCGGUUCGGAUUCGGAUUCUGAUUGGGGGAAGAAAGGGGUUUUGUCUGUGGCCUCACCGGCAGCUUCGGCCUUUGGUGGCCCUAUGAAGAUUAUCAACAACAUUUUCAACUCGGAUCUCGUCUUCAAUCUCAGGAGAGAGGAUGAGGCUGUGCAGAAUGCCGGAAAUGGUGAGGUUGGUGUUUCUGGCCGAGACUAUGCGUUGGUCCCUGGAGAAAUGUGGGUUCAGGCACUUAGAUGGCAUAGUGAUCCUAAAGCUGCAGUUAAGGAUGGUCGGAGUUUUUCAGCUGCAGAAGAUGACAAGACUGAUGUCUAUCCGUUACAACUCAGGCUUUCUGUACCACGAGAAACUAAUACGUUGGGAGUAAGAAUCACCAAAAAGGAUAAUGCAGUUGAGUCAUUCAAGAGAGCCUGCAAAAUCUUCAGCCUGGAGUCUGACAUGUUACGCAUCUGGGAUUUCUCUGGCCAGACCAACUUAUUUUUUACUAAUGACAAAAGCAAGUUUCCAAAAGACUUGCAACGACAAUCAGAUGAGAUCCUGUUGGAGUUGCAAGUAUAUGGAUUGUCAGAUUCCAUCAAGUGCAGGGAAGGGAAAAAAGAUGAGUUGGUCCUGCAACAUUCUACCACCGGAAAUUCUUGUGGUGCCUCAGUUAUGAUGAAUGGUUCUACUGGCAAUACGCAUUCCAGCUUCAUUCGUUCAUUCUGGGGAAGCUCUUCUGAAGCUGGGUCUUUGGGGUUGACAGGAUUGCAAAACCUUGGAAAUACUUGUUUCAUGAAUAGCUCCAUCCAGUGCUUAGCUCACACACCAAAGCUUGUUGACUAUUUUCUUGGAGAUUAUGCUAGAGAGAUAAAUCAGGAAAAUCCAUUGGGCAUGGAUGGGGAGAUUGCAUUAGCAUUUGGAGAUUUGUUGAGGAAGUUAUGGGCUCCCGGAGCAAGUCCUGUGGCUCCAAGGACAUUUAAAUCAAAACUUGCUCGCUUUGCUCCUCAGUUUAAUGGCUUUAAUCAACAUGAUUCACAAGAACUCCUGGCCUUUUUGUUGGAUGGACUUCAUGAAGAUCUGAAUCGUGUAAAAUGCAAGCCUUAUGUGGAAGUCAAGGAUGGUGAUGAUCGACCGGAUGAAGAGGUAGCUGAUGAAUAUUGGCGAAAUCAUUUAGCCCGCAAUGACUCUAUCAUUGUUGAUGUGUGCCAAGGUCAAUAUAAAUCUACAUUAGUUUGCCCUGUUUGCAAAAAGGUCUCUGUUACAUUUGAUCCGUUUAUGUACCUGUCACUACCAUUACCUUCGACAAUGAUGCGAACAAUGACUUUAACAGUUAUCAGCACUGAUGGAAGUUCGAAGCCAUCUGAAUAUACUAUUAAUGUGCCCAAGCAUGGAAAAUUUGAAGAUCUUAUCCGAGCGUUGGGUGUUGCCUGCUCACUUGGGGUUGAUGAAACCUUUUUAGUGGCCGAGAUAUACAACAAUCGCAUUAUUCGGUAUCUGGAAGAGCUUGCUGAUGCAGUAUCCUUAAUUCGAGAUGGUGACCAGUUGGUUGCUUAUCGGUUUAUGAAAAAUGUUGAGGAAUUACCUCUGGUCGUUUUCAUACAUCAGAAAAUGGAGCAGGACAUGCAUGGGAGUUCAAGCUGGAAGUCAUUUGGAAUUCCUCUUGUAUCAAGACUUUGUACUUCUGCAACUGGAUCUGAUAUCUGCAAUCAGUACUUUAAGUUAGUUAAGCCAUUUCAAAUACCUGGGCAACACUCCGAAGCACAUUUUGACAUUUCGCAGGGCGCUGCUCCUACAGAGGUCACUGGAGAAGAGGAUUCCUCACCUCCUGUUUCUGGUGGGCAUGUGGACCUCUGUUAUAAAAAUGGUGCUGACUCGAUAUUGGAUUGUGAAUUUCAGUUUUACACAGCAGAUGAAAAGUGUAAUCAAACGGAAAAAAAGAUAGUGAUGACUGAGGUAAUCGAGAGGAAAUUUCCCAAGCAUAUGUAUGUUGCUGUAUGUUGGCCGGAAAAAUAUGUUCAGCAGUAUGAUAUGCGAGUUCUGAGCUCAUUGCCGUUGAUUUUCAAGCCUGGGCUUUUUUCAAAAAAGCCUCAGGAGACGGUUUCUCUCUAUAAGUGCCUUGAAGCAUUCUUGAAGGAAGAGCCUCUUGGGCCUGAAGACAUGUGGUAUUGUCCUGGUUGCAAAAAGCAUUGCCAAGCCAGUAAGAAGUUGGAUCUUUGGAGACUGCCUGAGAUCUUGGUCAUUCAUUUAAAGCGAUUCUCAUACAGUCGUUUUCUCAAGAACAAGCUAGAGACAUAUGUUGACUUCCCUGUUGAUGACCUUGAUUUGUCAACAUACAUUGCUUACAGAACUGGUGAACUAAGCAAUCGUUACAUGCUGUAUGCUGUCAGUAAUCACUAUGGAAGCAUGGGUGGCGGUCAUUAUACUGCAUUUGUCCAUCACGGGGCCGACCGGUGGUAUGACUUUGAUGAUAGCCAUGUUAGCCCUGUUAACCAGGACAAGAUAAAGUCUGCUGCUGCAUAUGUUCUUUUCUAUAGGAGAGUUGUGGAAGUGUGACUCCUGGGUAGAUAUGCAUCUUUAAGUUCCCAUAUGGGGUUCAGUAUAAUGGCGAAGAUAUAUACUUUAGGUAUAUAAACAUAUCACUUCACUCCUAGGACUACAUCCACAAAAGCCAUCAUUCUUCUGUCUUUGGCUUUGAUGAUUGAGACUGCGAGUUUUCAAGAUGGAUAUUAAUGAGGGAAGAUAGUACUUGGAGAGAGUGCUGAAGAUGUUUGUGACAUAUACUAAGUUACUAACAAAGUAAGAGAUGAUGAACAGUGAUAGUGAGAUACUGUAUACAGGUAUAACCAUUUAUGAAGACUGAAGAAAAGUCUAGUAGCUGAAUUAGAAAUUUUUUCUGAAGGGGACCCUGCUUCUGAAUCUCCAUUAGUUUUAGUUUUUUGUUGUAAUAGCUGAUGGCUGGUUGUGGAGUAACCUCAUAGGUGAUUUAAGUUGUAUUGGCAUUCUUUUUUGAACUCCGAGUUGUACUUCUACUUUGGGGUUUGGCGCCAUUCUCAUCUGCCCUCAGAUUGUUGGCUGCUGGAAACAAGGUGGUUGGAAGUUAUUGAAAUGUGGGUAUAAAUGUCGAAUCCAAGAGCUCUGGACAAUCUAUUCACUAUGGCAGCACUGAGGUACAAUACUGGGUUGAUGGAUCAUCUUCCCCUCAUUUUUGUUGUAACGAACUGUGAUGGGGGUUAAUUGUUUAUUCAUGUGUUGGUGGUGAAAGAUGGGUUAGACAAUUGUCCAAGGCUCUAAGCUUAAUCUGUCUAGAUCUGUUGAGUUACAUAUCUAACUGGUUCAACUUUGUUGUAAUAGAGUGCUGUAAUUUGAUGUAUUUUAUAAGUUAUUCUUAUUAAGCCAUGAUUUGGCAGAGGAUGUUAUGAUAGAGUUAUAAGGGAACAGUCGGAUAAAUUUGGAGAGAAGUGGACAUCUUAUAUUGA